AUGGCCGCUUCAUCAAGAGUCUGCCCCAAUGGCCUCAAAGUUACUAUCACCGUGACUUUGAUCAUUACAAUAUUUCUGAUGCCAUCAGGUUUUGCAGUGAACUCAGGUGGGUUGCAGCAGAGUGAAACGGUGUUGGGGUCAAAGCCUCCCAGUUGUGUGAACAAGUGCUUGAGUUGCAGGCCUUGCAUGGCUACUCUUGUCAUUCCUACACACAAAUGGAAGAAAAACUUCGAAAAAGUAACGUAUCGUGGCGAUGAAGAUGAAAGCUAUUAUCUCCUGGCGUGGAAAUGCAAAUGUGGGGAUGCGCUCUUUCAACCUUGAUCGUAUCACCAUCCACAACGCACAGAUCUUUCAAGUUAAAUA